CGUGUCCUAUCCACUAUCCAGUCUUACAAGUUAUCAUAACAAAUUAAUUUGUCAUGCAAGUUAUUAUAUCUAUGGUGUGAAUAGAGAACGCCGCCUCAAUAUUACUCCAUGGUAAUUGGUAGUAUCACUGCACUACUGCAAUGCUGUAUCAGAUAAUAGGAAUAUAUUGAGUGAUGUGUUUAAUUCGAAUUCGUUGAUUUUUGUCAUUUUGAUUUUUGGUUGCAGAGUAACUAAACCAAGUAAACUUAAUUGUUUUUUGUUCAAUAAAUCAUAUUUGUACAGUAUUUAAAGAGAUCAUAAUUUUAAUUGUUUUUCGUGGUUUUACAUAUAUACGUUAAGUAGAGGUAUCUAAUACAUAGAUAUUUAUUUAACUGUGUUAUACAAUUAGGGAUAUGUUGGACAUAUCUUUUAGUAAAGCAUAUUUAUUAUGCUGUGCAAUAUUAAUAUUCAUUCAAUGGACAGAAAGUAAAAAUGUGGAGUAUGUGACUUGUGGAACUGUUGCAAAAUUGUACAAUAUCGACCUUAAAGUAAGGUUGCAUUCGCAUGAUGUUAAAUAUGGUGCAGGCAGUGGUCAGCAAUCUGUAACCGGAACCGAUUUAUCUGAAGAUAUAAAUUCACAUUGGGAAAUAAAAGCACAAACUGGAAAACAUUGUAAAAGAGGCGAGCCUAUUAAAUGUGGAAGUAUAAUUAGAUUUACACAUCUAACUACCAAAAAGAACCUUCAUUCACAUAUUUUUAGUUCUCCUCUGUCUGGCAACCAAGAAGUAUCCGCAUAUGGUAAUGACGGUGAAGGAGAUACUGGUGACCAUUGGUAUGCAGAUUGCAGUGGAGACUAUUGGGAAAGAGAUGAUGAUAUUAGAUUAAAACAUGUAGACACUGGAUCAUACUUAAUGGCUUCAAGUUUAUCAUAUGGUCGACCAAUUAAUGGACAAAGAGAGAUUGCUGCCGUAAAAAACCCAGGACCAUUUUCAACUCAUUGGCGUGUCAAAGAAGGCAUAUUUAUUCAUAAAGAUGAACCAAGUGAUUUUAAUUCUGAUUACCUCCAUACAGAACUAUAAUAUUAUUCCGUUUAAGUAUUGGAUUCUCAGUUAUUUUAUAAUUUUGUAAAUUUAUUAAGCAUUACACACUGUUUAUAGUAGAAAAUAUAAUAAAAUAUUGUUUUCUUAAAAUUUAAAAUAAUUUAUAAAAACAAGGUUUAUUAUGGUUUGGAUUAUAUUUAUUAUUUUGAUUUAAAAAGUAUUAUGUAAAAAAAUAAUGAUACAUAAAUAUUAAAAUAAUUUUUAUUUAAAAAUA